UAGUUUGUCAUCUGGUUGUAUCUACAUGUCCACUAAUAGUUUUUUUUCCUGUUUCCCCCUUUUUUUGGUGUUCAGCAAUUGUUGCUCCUUGGAGAUCUUGAAGCUUGAUUGCUCCAGAUUGAUGAACCUUCAGCUUCUGGAGUGGAAUGCUCCAAAACCAAGACAUCUCUCUCUCCUGAAGGGUGCUUUACAACGUGGGCUUGUGAGUGGAGCCGUUUCUCCAAUAUUAAUCUUUAUGCUUUGUGAUGAUCUACCUGACUGUAUUCAGAGCACAAAUGAAGCAGACUUCUUCACUGAAUACGGCGAAGCGAGCCGAUACCAGAUUCAUGAGGUGGUCGGCAAGGGAAGUUAUGGGGUCGUCGACGCGGCCGUGGAUACCCACAAUGGAGAGAAGGUGACAAUCAAGAAGAUAAACGAUGUCUUCGAGCAUGUUUCGGAUGCUACUCGCAUCUUGCGAGAAAUCAAAUUGCUUGGGCUGCUCCGCCACCCUGACAUUGUAGAAAUUAGGCACAUAAUGCUUCCUCCCUCACGGAGAGAAUUUAAAGAUAUUUAUGUUGUUUUCAAGUUGAUGGAAUCUAACCUUAAUCAAGUUAUCAAGGCAAAUGACGAUCUCACGCCUGAACACCAUCAGUUUUUUAUGUACCAACUUUUGCGAGCUAUGAAGUAUAUCCAUAGCUAUGAAGUAUAUCCACAUUGGUGA